AUGGGCCGAGCAAACAGGAAACACAGGGGCCCUGGGGUCAAGAGUGAGCAGGGUGUUUCGGAAAUCUGUGGACAGAGGGCAGGGCAGGUCUACCUGAUUCAGGUUGAGCUGAAGGGGAUGCUCUUCACAAAGAUGACAAUGGCGCCUUCUAGAAUGAGAGGAUGGUGGGGCAGAACCAUAACAGCAGGUGUCUGCAGGAGUCUUUUCAUCGGGUACCAUAUUUACUUCCACCACAAGAGACGGAGUGACCCCAGCUUCGAGAACACCUCAAGAACCAAGAAACAAAAGUUUGCCAAGGAGAGAACUGGACUUCUCAAGUUACUGGACCUUAAAGAUGGUGAAGCUAUUCAGAAGUUCUUCCUUGAAGAAAAGUUGCCAGCUUGAGGUAAAUACGAGAAGGGUGUAGACCAUCUGACAAAUGCAACUGCUGUGUGUGGAUGGCCACAGCACUUAUUGCAAGGGUUACAGCAAAUUCUUCUGCCGCCAACGUUCCAGAUGCUUCUGACCAAGCUUCCAACAAUUAGUCAGGAAAUUGUAAGUGCUCAGAGCUUGGCUGAAGAGCAUGUGGAAUGA